CAACGCCCUGCCGCGCCAACGCAGCUGGUGGAUGAGCUGUAUUUUGUUGUAUCACGUUUGUCAGCUCUUACAGUCAACUACUAUUGCAGCAAUCUCCGAGAAUUAAUCAUAAUACACACCUAUCGCAGCCAUGGCUGCCCCCGUCGUCCCUCUCCAACAGGUCAAGCUGCCGGCGCUGCCCUCGACUCGCUUGACACCAGAGCAACAAUAUUGGAAGACAUUUAAGAACCCUCUGCUGAUCCCCUCGCCCGCCAAUGGCCCCGUCAACCUAAUCACACAGCCUUCCGCUCCGUCGUCCGCCUCCGCCUUCCCAUCUCUCACCCAGCCUCCCGAUGUCUUCACCGUGACCACCGGUGCUCGAGUCCAGAUCUAUUCUAUUCGCACCCGGAAACUCCUUCGCACCGUCACUCGCUUCGAUGACACCGUACGCGGCACAGACGUUCGCCCCGAUGGUCGUGUGCUUGUUGCUGGUGACGACACUGGUGCGGUCCAGGUGUUCGAUGUGACCUCGCGCGCGAUCUUGAAGACAUGGAGAGAGCACAAGCAGCCCGUCUGGGUGAGCAAGUUCUCACCCAGCGACCCGACCUCUCUUUUCACGGCUAGCGACGACCGCACCGUGCGACUCUGGGACCUUCCGAGCGAAAACAGCGUAAAGACCUUUGUGGGACACACUGAUUAUGUGCGCAGCGGUGCAUUCAUGCCGGGGUCGCUGGCGUCUUCCGGACUGCUGGUGUCAGGUAGUUACGAUCGGACUGUGCGCCUGUGGGAUCCGCGUGUGGAGAGCCGGUCUGCGAUGACCUUCAAGAUGGCCGCCCCGAUUGAGAGCGUCCUGCCUAUGCCGGCGGGUACGACGGUGCUUGCGGCGGCAGAUAACAAGAUCGCUGUGCUGGAUAUCGUGGCUGGAAAGCCGCUCCAUAUGAUCCAAAGUCACCAGAAGACCGUCACAGCGCUAGCAUUGGCUUCGAAUGGUGAGAGACUGCUGAGUGGUGCUUUGGACGGCCACAUGAAGGUGUUCGAGACCACUGGAUGGAACAUGGUCUCCGGAUCCAAGUACCCCUCGCCCAUUCUUUCGCUCCGCGCCAUUACCUCCGGACCCGCACAGGAAGAUAAGCACAUCGCAGUUGGUAUGCAGUCCGGUCUGUUGUCGAUCAAAACUCGUCUUUCUGGCCAGCAGAAGAUUAAGGAAAAAGAGCGGAGGAAGGAAAUGCAGGCGUUGCUGGAAGGCAAGUUGGAAGAACAUGACCGUAAAGUGGCCAAGCAAAAGAAGCUCCGGGGCUCUGGCUGGGAGAAGCGUUUCCGUGGUCGUGAUUUCAUUGGCGAGGGCGUGGACAUUGUCAUCGAAGGCCAGGAUCGCAAACGGAAGAAGGAACAGACCUGGGAGCACGACCUUCGCAAGGCCCGCUAUUCCGCCGCCCUGGACCAAGUGCUGGCUUCGGGCGAUAAGACCGCACAACUUACUCUGCUGACCGCACUUCGUCACCGGUCUGCUCUCCGCGCAUCGUUACAAAACCGCGACGAGGUGACCCUGCAGCCGGUGCUGCAGUGGGUGUACAAGAGCAUCAGUGAGCCUCGCCUGGUGAAGCUGAGCGUCGAGGUGGCCAUGAACGUCCUCGACAUCUAUUCAGGAAACUUGGGCCAAUCAGCAACGAUUGACAAGCUGGUUGACCGGCUGCACCGACGCGUGCGAGACGAAGUGGAAAUGGCUCAUCAAGCGUGCCAGACAAAGGGCAUGCUGGAUAUGUUGAAGGCGGCCUAAUCGAGCCCCCGCUGCACUGGAAUUGGAAUAAAAUAAAAGCAGAUGUUUGACUAGAUUUGUUGCAUUACUGGAUACCUGGUUGGAGUUCGGGGUUUGGGAUCGCCCAACUGUAUCA